UGAACACAACAAUCGCACCCUUUCUCUCUCUACACAUAACUCCAAAUCAAACCUCUCUCUCUCCUUUCUCUCUCUCUCUAUACAUACAUAUAUAGAAAGACGAACCCAUAUAGAGAAAAGUAUAAAGUUCCGAUCUUUAUCCUCAAUCUCUUUGCGAGUAUCGCUUGUGUGCAUCAAUGGAUGCCAAAGGACGAAGCUUGAUGAACAAGGACAUGAAUGAUCAUAACAAUAACAACGCCGAAGACGAAAUGGACCUCAGGAGAGGUCCAUGGACCGUCGAAGAAGAUUUCAAGCUCAUCAAUUACAUUGUUACCCACGGAGAAGGACGAUGGAAUUCUCUCGCUCGCUGCGCCGGGCUCCAACGAACCGGAAAAAGCUGUAGACUACGGUGGUUGAAUUAUCUCCGACCAGACGUCCGCCGUGGAAAUAUCACUCUUGAAGAACAACUGUUGAUCCUCGAACUCCAUUCUCGUUGGGGCAAUAGAUGGUCUAAGAUCGCGCAAUAUUUACCGGGAAGGACCGACAACGAGAUAAAAAAUUAUUGGAGAACGAGAGUACAGAAACAUGCAAAGCAACUGAAAUGCGAUGUGAAUAGCAAACAGUUCAAAGACACCAUGAGAUACUUGUGGAUGCCUCGCCUGGUCGAGAGGAUCCAAGCCGCCGCCGCCAAAACCACCGCAUCCGCCACGUCAGCAUGCGUCACCGACUCGACAGAUCAGUUUAACUUCGUGACGACGUCGUACGGAACCGACAACGUUAGCAGCAGCAUGGGAAACAGCGUGGACAUGCAGUCGCUUUGUAACCACCCUAAUGGUUACAACAACACGCCGGAAAAUUCCAACGCGGCGGUUUCUCCGGCGUCGGACUUGUCGGAAUACCACAGUGCUGCAAUAAAUCCGAAUCUGAGUAACCAGAACCAGAACCAGAAUCCAAAUCCGAACCCUUAUGCCGGUGAUAUCCAAACGGGGCCGAUGGGGAGUUAUUAUGAUUCGGAUAUCAACUUGGUCGGUCCAACGACGUUGCCGGAGAAUUAUUUCAAUAAUAAUUGCAAUAACGUGUUAUUAGAUGAAGAUUUUCAAGCAGCACAGGAACAGAGUAACAUUUGGUUUGAAAAUGGAGGUUCUUCGGACAGUUUGUGGGACAUUGGUGGCGAUGAAGACUUCUGGUUCUUACAACAGCAGCUCAACAAUGGCAGCUUCUGAUACGACAAAGGAAGAACAAAAAAUAAAAUAAGAAUGAAAUAUUAAAGGGAAUCAAACUAAAUUAUAUAUGCAUGUGUGUGAAAGGAAUUGUUUGUAGAGAGGACAAAAAUGAAAAAAAAAAAGGGAAAAGAAAAGGAAGAAGCUUCUACUUGGAGAAGAGGGUUAAAGGCAAACGAGUCAUGAUAUGUAUGGACCUAGAAUACGUUUUUUUUUCUUUUCCCUUUUUUUUUUGUGUUAUUUUACAAAGACAAUAGAUAGAAUAUGUUUAUAUUAGCAUCAUAAUUAUGUCAUACAAAAAUAUUUUUUAAAUGAAUCUGUCGUCAUCUGCUUGUUUGUU